UGAUUUGUGGAACCGUAUACACUCAAAAUAUUUGAAAAAUGCGUUACAUCGCUGCUUACCUGCUCCUUCAAAUCGGAGGGAAUGCUUCUCCUUCUGCCGCCGACGUUAAAAAGGUCCUCUCCGCUGUUGGCAUUGAGGCGGAUGGCGACCGCCUCUCCAGUCUGAUCUCUGAGCUUUCUGGCAAGAACAUCGACCAAUUGAUUGCUGAGGGCUCCUCCAAACUUGCCUCUGUUCCCUCUGGUGGAGGAGGCGCUGCUGCUGCCCCUGCCGCUGCUUCUGGUGGUGCCGCGCCAGCUGCCGCUGAGGAAAAGAAGGAAGAGAAGGAGGAAGAGAAAGAGGAAUCCGACGACGACAUGGGCUUCGGUCUCUUCGAUUAAAUUGCUGUAUCUUUAGCCUUUUAUUGCAAUUUGAUUGUAUUACAUUCUUUGUCGCCUGAACUGGUUGUUUCUGCGACUCUAC